AUGAAGAAUGGAAAAUCUGGUGGAGACGACGGGACUAGCGCAGAAAUGCUUAAAUAUUUUCCUCCGUCUGGGAUUCGUGAGAUGACAAAGAUCAUCCGUUCAAUAUGGAUAAACGAAAGGAUACCUGAUUCGUGGAGACACGCUAUCAUAAUUCCCCUCCACAAGAAGUUAUCCGUCACGGACCCAAGGAAUUAUCGAGGAAUCUCUUUGUUGCGUGUUAUGUACAAGGUACUGGAGCGCAUUAUCCUGGACCGACUCAUUAAACAUCGCGAAGAAACAACGCGCGACGAGCAAGCUGGCUUUCGUCCUGGCCGAUCUGCGAUUGACCAGGUGUUCAUCGUCAGGAGAGUGAUCGAAAUCUGGCAGCGGUAUUCGAAGCCAAUGCAACUAGCGUUUCUGGACUCUGAAGCCGACUCUCCUCACCGAGGCCGUCUUCUCAACGCGCUGAGCGCCGAUGGAGUACCAGGAAAGUUCGUUCGCUUGCUUGAUGACAUGAAUCAACGAACAACUGCUGCAGUUCGAACACCAGCCGGAUGUACAACACCGUUUGAAGUAGUAACUGGAGUAAGACAAGGGGCGGUGGCAGGACCCUUCCUGUUCAAUUUCGCCAUCGACGACAUUAUGCGAAGAACAGUCGACCAGUGUCCUGCCGACAUUGUCUUAGCACCAUCAGGGUGCCCCUUGACUGACCUCGAGUACGCCGACGAUGUUGUUAUAUUCGCGGAAAGCAGUACGAAACUUCAACAUGUUGUCAACCUUGUAUCGAAGCUGGCUGCAGCCUACGGACUACGCCUACGCCCUGAUAAAUGCAAGCAGAUGUGGAUCUCUUCGAGACCUCGAACGGUAAUCAGGGUGGACGGACAACCGAUAGAACUCGCCGAUGAGUUCUGUUACCUGGGCUGUAUGCUGAAGAAGAACGGCAGCUACGAGCUUCUAUCUUCCUUUCAGAAUAUACAAAUACAGUGUUGA